AUGAAGCUUGAUAGUCAGUUUAGUGUUAAUGGCAAACCUAGGUUUCUUAGAUUGUAUGUUUGCUUUGCAGCUUGCAAAGAAGGAUUUCUAAGAGGAUGUAGACCUAUUUUUGGGUUGGAUGGAUGCCAUUUGAAGGGUAGUCAGAAGAGAGGGCAACUGUUAAGUGCUAUUGGUCUUGAUGGAGAUAAUUGCAUGUUUCCUAUAGCCUUUGCUGUUGUUGAGGGAGAAUUAAAGGAAAGUUGGACAUGGUUUUUAAAACUGCUGGACAAUGAUUUGAACAUAGGAAGUAAUCCUCAUGCCUGGACUAUAAUAUCAGAUAAACAAAAAGGUCUGUUACCAGCUGUUGAAGAAUUGUUUACUGGAUUGGAGCAAAGGUUCUGUGUAAGGCAUAUGCAUGCCAAUUUUCUGAAGGAUGGCUUUACUGGAAAUGUUCUGAAGUUAAAAUUGUGGGCUGUGUGUAAAGCUACAACUGAGGCAGAUUUUAAAAGGUAUAUGGAGGAAUUAAAGGAAGAAAAUGACAAAGCUGCUGAGUGGUUGGCUGCCAGAGAUCCUAGGCAUUACUGUAGGGCAUUUUUUAGCACUUUUCCAAAGUGUGAUAUGCUUUUGAAUAAUUUGUGUGAGUCCUGGAAUAGCACUAUUUUGAGUUUGAGGGACAAGCCUAUCCUAACCAUGGUUGAUAAGAUAAGGAUUUAUCUAAUGACUAGAAUGCAAAAGAAUAGAGACAAAAUGAAAACUUAUCAACAUAAAAUCUGUCCCAAAAUCAGAAAGUGUCUAGAAGAUGCAAAAGAUAUGUCAGCUAGGUAUAGUACUUAUAAGUCACAUGAUAAUAUAUACCAAGUUGAUGAUCAGAAUUUCAAGACCUUCAAGGUGGAUUUAUCCCAAAGACAGUGCAGCUGUAGAGGAUGGGAUCUGACUGGCAUUCCUUGCAGUCAUGGUGUAGCAGCUAUAAGGAAACAAAGAGAAAGCCCUGAAGAUUAUGUGCAUCAAUGUUAUACAGUUGAGACUUAUUUGACAGCUUAUGAACCUGCAAUACUUCCCAUUCAGUCUUCAGAUUUAUGGGUUAAAUCAGAUCUUCCAGCACCAAUUCCCCCAAAGCAUCUGAAAGAGUUGAAGAGAUUGAUCAGCAUGUUGAUGUUGAAGGGCAGUUUGAAGAGCAAGGUGAUGUUGAAGGGCAGUGGCGAGCUGUCGUAG